AUGAACUAUCGUCGGCCAGAGGAUUUCAAAAACCAAACUGUAGUUGUAGUUGGUGGAAGUCGUUCAGGUAUAGACGUAUGUGGUGAACUAGCUCCUCAUGUUAAAAAGGUUGUAUUAAGUCGAAAAGAAGAAAAUAUGGCUACAUUCAAUAGAGUAGUAGAAUUAUUAACACUCGCUGGCAAAAAACCAUUUUGUUUAGAUUAUUUACAAUCAACAUUUUCAAUGACAACACCAAUUGAUUAUUUCGAUAAUGAUACUGUUUAUUUUCAAGAUAAGACAAGUGUGAAACCCGAUUGUGUUAUAUUUGCUACUGGCUAUGAUUAUUCAUUUCCGUUUAUAACAACACCGAAUUUAUCUUUAGAAUAUAAUUUAAAACAACGUUAUUUAUAUCCAUUGUAUAGGCAUAUGUUUAAUGUUAAUCAAUAUUCAUUAUUCUAUUUAGUCUUACCAUCUCUUGUUGUACCAUUUCCAUUGGCCGAACUACAAACACAUUUAAUAGCCCGUAUAUUAAAACACGAAAUAAAACUGCCAACAACAAACGAAAUAUUACAAAAAAUUAAUACAGAUAUUUUGAAUAAAUUUGGAAAUAAAGCAGAUGUCAAUUACAGUUAUCAUUCUGUUAAUAUAGUUGAAUAUGUGGAACAAUUAUUACUAAUGAUAAAUACCCAUCACGAUGGUAAUUACAAUUAUAAACUUAUUCAAAAUCAAAAAACGAUAAGAAAAGUAAAUAGAAUAACUAAUGAACUGAUUGUUGAACAAACAACGACACUUGAUGGUAACAACAAAAAAUAA